GUCAGGCUAUCACGAGAAGCGUUUCCACAGUUCCUUGAAUCUUCACAAUCUUUUAGGUUCUAGCUGAAGAAGUGUAAUUGUUUGGUGGCUGCAAAGUGUAUGUUUCGUUUAUUUCGUGUGUACUGCCUCUCUCCCAGUUUAUUUUCUCAGUGAUAUGAGUAAUUUUUGGCCAAAUACGUUUGUGAUGAUUGCCUUGGUUUUAAUAAGUACAGCACGAUCAAUUUCUCUGGGAAAAUUGUUUCGUCUGUCGAAAGAUGUGGAUGCACUAGUACAAUCGCUGCUGAAGGCAGAUGGUAAAGAUCCUUGUAUGAAAUUGAACAGCUUUUCAUCAAACAAUGCUUGGCAACGUAGCAACAGGUGGUGCAGGAAGAUGUUUUCAAAAUUUGUGCAGUUACCGGAACAUUUACAGUUCAACUGCCAAAAUCCAUCUGUGCCGGCAGAGUGUAAGAAAGUCGGCAAACAUAGCAGGCGCUACUCGUGCACAAUCGAGGCUGAGUUCCAGAUGUUCCCUGAUCCUCACAAAACUCCAAUGAGGACUCACUCACAGAUACAAGUCUGCAUCAACUUCCUGAAACCCAAUCUCAGACCUAAAUUUUUGGAUAUCCCCAUGGCAUAUCCCCCGAACUGGCCGCAUCAUUGAUCGAUUGAGGGAAUGUAUACUCCAUAAUCAUAUGCGUAAGUACAAUCGAAAAAAGGGAGGAACAAAAGGGCACGAUGAAAAUUUUGUUCAAUUUUUACCUUUCGAGAUACCCUCUGAGGAGGAAACAACACCGCCAAAACGAUAUUGGUCUAGACCGAAAAUUGGUUUCUUCGCCAAAAUCAGCUCAGCUGUAUUUUACGAUGCGUGAUUUUCUCUUAUUUUUGACGUAAAACACCGUGUGUAAUGUAGCCUUAAACAUUUUUGAAACUUCUUCAUCAAUUGAGUAGCAUUAACUCACAAAAUAUAAUGUUGCUUAAUUUUCUACCAAAAAAUAGAAAAAGUAAAAUUAGCUGACAUGUAGUGCAGUUGAACUGAUUGUAGUCAACGCCGUUUAAAGAAUAUGCAGUUUAAUAUGAUAUUGUAUAGUCCAAUUUUUAAAUACUUAAAAGCUUACUUUUUGAAAAUGUGAAUAAAAUUAUGAAACCAUUCA